AUGUCCGAAGGUACCGAGAACCAUAUUGUAUGCGUUGGUGCCGUCUACAUCGACACCAUAUUGACCGAAGAGAAGCGUUCACGCACAAUCGUCAGCAUCAACCAGCUCCCCGAGAUGCAAGCCGAAGAAUUUAUCCACCAAGUCCGCAGAUUCAGUACGGAACAAGGACAUACGUGGAAGAAAGCGUGGUUCCAUUUCGAAGGCCGCGUCCCAGAGAUCACACUGCAGUGUGUCCGCUUCCUCCGCGAAACAUACCCUCAUUUCAAAAUUAGCGUCGAGUGCGAGAAGCCUGAGCGGACGGGUAUGGCUGAGGUGGCGCAGUACGCAGAUGUAGUCUUCUACUCGAAAUUGUGGGCCGUGAAGAAUGGGUAUGAGGAUGCGAGAAGCUUCCUCGAAGCCAGACGCGAUGAAACGAGAGAUGGGGCUCUACUGUGUUGCACAUGGGGUUCUGGAGGUGCUACGGCGGUUCAAAAGGGGGACGAGGAGGUUUGGGCGGAUGUCGAGGCGUGGCAGGCAGAUGGGGAGGAUGGGGCAAAGGUUGUGGAUACGAUUGGGGCUGGGGAUACUUUUAUUGCGGGGAUGCUUUUCGCGGUUAAUGAGCGUGGGGGGUGGGGGCUGCAAAGGAAAUUGGAGUUUGCGAAUGAGUUGGCUGGGCGGAAGGUUGGGCAGGAGGGAUUUGGGGGUCUGGGGAGGAGGAUGUGGUAG